AUGGAGCAAGUCACUUGGGAAUUCGUCGUUCCCUUGUAUCCCGUCAACUUUGCCGAUCCCAUCCUUUCGGUGUCAAAAUUUAUUAACUCACAGCUUGACUGCUUCAUCCCCGAACUUGAAGGCGUCCUUAAAAGCGUUGAUAUGUCGGCUCUGCAAGUUUUUCCGGCGGCUUGCUUCGAAAACACUGUAACUGGUGCUUGCUGUCUUUUUAAGUUAUCUCCGGAGCUUGAUUAUAUUCUUAUACGCUGUUCUGCUCCAAUCGAAUUGUUUCGGCCUAAAAUCGGUUCUGUCCUUCCUGUAGUUGUUAGCUCCAUUAAGAAGGCAUCUUUAUUUUGUCAACAUGCAGCCACUAAUACCACCGUUAUUCUGCAGCUACCCGUUCAUAUGUAUCGCAAGUCAGUUGGUGAUCAGCUUGAGAUAAUAGAAGAGGGUGUUACUCUGAAAGUGGGUGACGCAAUUGAAGUAAUAGUCGAGAGGUUAGGCAAUCUAGCGACUUCUACAAUCUUGUACGCUAAGCUCAUCGGUAUGCUUGGUAACAGUUCAAAUUCAAGAGAGCACCUUGGCACUGAUGGCCUACCGGAAGUGAAGCAUAGACCAAAAAAGCGUAAACUUUGUGCUGACGAAGAAAUUAAGCCGAACCUAGAUCUUGUCCUCAGACCAGAUCCUGAAGAUCCUGGGUUACAGUUGCACAGCUUCGUCUUGCCUGAUCAAGAUCCGGUGGAGCUUUGCAUCAAGCCUGAACCAUCUGAUGAGGAUAUGGUAGGAGCCGGCGAAUACGUUGAAACGGUUAUUCAGCCGGUAACUCAUAAAUCAAAGAAAAAACGUCAAAAAUUUGUGUCAUUCGCUCCUGGCACAGCUCUUCAAGAUGGGCCUAUCAAACGUUAUGAGAUUGAAAAAAUUGAAUCUGAGUGUAGCAGGCAAAAUGAGCUCUUAACGAUGCCUGACGCCGUUGAUCAGUUUUCUUCGCCUACGCUUAAUAAAAAGAGGAGGCAUAGCAUCCAUGGCUCUGGCCGUUGUCCCUUGACUACUGAGCAACUUCGAAGAUUAACUUUACCUUAG